AAGGUGGUUAAGGGUUUACAACUGCCUGCUUCUUGGAUCGUCUGCUUCUCCAUGAACAUUUAUUUCAUUGAGAUUGCGAAUCUGCCAGGCCCAGACCUGCAAAACAUUCCAGACAUACACACAUGUACAUUGAAGAAGAAACAAUGGGGUCACAAGACUUCAGCUUCCCAAAAGUCAUAAAUUCCACUCCUCAACUCUUCACAUUCUCACCAUCACUAUGGCGUGCAUCUUCCUCUGUUUUUCCAUCUUUCGACGAUAAUUUCUUCGACAAUAGAGAAAGAGAAGCAGAUCUUGGAAGGAAUCCCAGCUUCUCCUGCCCAGAAACUAGUGAGGAGGAGGAGGAGGAGGAGGACAAGAUGGACGUGUUGUGGGAGGACUUUAAUGACAAGGAACUACAAAGGGUUUGUUCUAGAGAGAGAAACAAGAGCAGAGGAGCAAAAACAGAGGAGAACGUGAAUGGGAGAGAAGAUGAUAAUAAGGUUGUGAAGAUUUGUUGUGUGAAGAUGCACAAGAGAGGUACUGCCAUACAACCUCAUCAUCAACACAAGAGAAAAAACAUGGGGGUGGCUGUGAAGGUUCUGAUAAGGAAGAUUUUCUCUACUGAUAAGAAAUCUUCAAGGAGAUUCAACAACAAGUACUGUUUAUGGGCAUCAAAGUCUAGGAUUUGAAGAUUGAAGUUUUCAAAUUGGUUCUUGGCUGUAUUUAUCCCCUAAAACUUCUCAUAUUAUAUAUAUAAAUAUUUCAAUUUCUUUGGGGU